UGGAUUUUUAAAACGGUCGGUUAUUCUUUUUGUUUCGUUCGACAACAGUGGCGUGGAUUUAAAAUUAGUCGAGCUAAAAAAAUGAUCGACCACGAUCGUGUUUUUAAGAAUCACACGCUUCUUUUGAACCGAGAAAAAUUGAAGGAGAAAGACUAUAGCUGCUUUUUAAAUUCGAUAAACACUGCCAAACCGCUAUUGCACUUUUUCGUUUUAUACAUUUUUAAGGUAUAUAUAUAUAUGUAUAUAUAUAAGGUAUAUAUAUAUAUAUAUAUGAGACUAUGGAUUUUUGUUCGGAUAAACCAAUUUUUUUGAUCGACAAUCCAAAAAGACGGAUUAUUCGGGGGGGAAAAAAAGAAAAAAAAAAUGUAAGAUUACGAAAUAUGUUUAUUCGUGUAUAUUUAACUAUUAUUAUUAUAUAGUGACGAAAAAAAGUUGAUUUAUAUGCAACGAAAAUUCAGUGUUGUUGUUUGAAGAAAAAUGUGUAAUGUUUAUAUAAAUUUUCAAAGAAUACAUACUGCCAUUUUUCAACGUCUUUUUAUUCUCAUUCGAAAAAGAGCUAUAGAAUCAUUCUUCUGGUUAAUCGCACGUAAUUAUUUUCUAAAAUUUUUCUCUCCUCUUGUAUCCCUUUCUCAUGUUUUUUUUUUUUAAUCAAUCAGUUAAUAUCAUACGAUAACAAAAAAAAAAAGAAAGGAAUAAUUAGAAUUUUUUUUUUUUUUUUUACGUUAUUAAAAAGAAAUAUCGCAAUUUAUCGUUUCGAUACGAUUUACUUAUUUGCGAAAUGUGCUUUUAAUUUUUACGGUUGGAUAUUUCGAAAUUCUUCCGUGAUAGUAUCUGUUCGUAAAGGUAAUCGAUUGUUUGUUCAUUCACCAAAGAUGAAAUAUCGAGACCGCAAAAAUAAAAAAGAAGGUCGGUAAAAAUCUAUUUAUAACAAAGGAGAUUAAUUUCCAAUUUAUCGAUCGAAUCAAACUGACCCACCGUUUUCUCGUACAAUAAUCGACGGUCGGUAAAAAAAUAUUUCGCCAAAUUGAUCUGCGACUUAUUGGGAAGAAGAAAAGGAAGGGAAAAAAAAAUUGUCCCGAACGGAAGACGGGUUAAAAUGCGAGAAUAAAACGAGAGUUCGAAUACCUCUUUUCCAUUCUUGCUUAUGUCGAGUCCAUCGCCGCACAUAUGCACGCCCGAUAUACGCUUGAGCGCGUACGGUUGCCUCGAGUCCCAAAAUUGAAUUGUAUUGUCCCAACCGCCGCUGAUUAACUCAUGUGCCGAUUUCGGUCUGAAACACGCGCUGAACACUCUGGAUUUAUGACCGUCCAUAACUUCCAACGAUUCGCUACGAUAAAAAACAAUAAUAAUAAUAAUAAUAAUAACAACGAUAAAUUAAAUCAAAUAUCUCGCCAUUGUAUCAUACGAGCCUAUUAUCUCUCAAACUGCUCGAACGAAUAGUUUGUCCGAUAAUCGAUCAUUGGUUGGCUUGAAAUGGGAGAGAGAGAAAGUUAGCGAAAUUAUUAUUCAUGAUUAAAAAAUAAAUGUGAACGAGCGUUGCGAAUACACGAUACUGCCUAAAUCGUCGUUCCUUUCGUUCUGUGCGCGUGUUACAUCUACGUGCCUUCGUCACGAACUUUACUCGUUUUGAAAUGCGCGCCACAUCCGUUUGAUCGAAACAACCCAUUAUUUCGUCUUAUAUAUCGUGGAAAGUGGAUACUAUAAUAAUAUCGUGAUCGAGAACCUUAAACGUAAGCUUCGAUUAUUCCGAAGAAGAAAGAAAAUACUUUUUCGUUAUCUUGGGUAAUAAUUUACAAAAAUAAAUAUCGAUCGAGCACAGUUAUUUCGAUUUUUUACAUUUGCACGAUAAAUUACAUACGAUAAUUGCGAAUACUUGUCUGUGAUAUAUAUAAAACACGUGUUUUUUAUAAUAAGGAAGGAAAGUUUUGGAUCGUUGGAAGUUGUGGAUGUUCCUUUCGGGAGAAAGGGAUCAGAUUUUUGAAUCUGGACGAGAAAAAUAUUUGAAAGCGAAGCGAUUAUUUAUUCGGUUUGAUCGGCUCGAUCUGUUCGUCGAUUGGAAAUCGAUUAUUGUCGCCUUUAACGAGAUCAAGGUAACUUUCGAUUCUUUGCUGCGAACGCGCUUUACAAACCUCUCGAGAGACAAAACUGGUCUUGAUGAUCGAACGAAUAUGAAACGCGUGAAACGAUAAAUAUUUCUCCAUCGUAAUUUCAAUGGUUACACGUUUUACGAAGUAUUCCUCUCCUUCGUCAACGACCGCUAUUUCAAUCGUGAGCGCGACGAAGAUAAUAAAUAUGUUUGUAAACACGCGACAGACCUUGCGUGAAACACUCUCUCUUGCAUUUUCGUUUCUUCGUCGUACAUGAUGAGCUUCGCAUCGUCUCCCACGGUUACGAAUUUUGGUAGAUACGAGUGAUAUGCCAAGCCUAGAACCUGCCUGUUCUCCCGUAUCGUGUAAAGGCAUUGAUUGGUCGGAUAAUGCCAACACUUGACGCAACCAUUUGCAUCUGCAACGAUCGGAUAAACGCCUGGAUAAAUAAUAAAUUAAAGGAAAGAAACGAAUGAAAAUUCGGAAGGAAUUUUUGGAAGAAACGAAGCUCCAUUCGUGUCUCUUCUCCGUUUAUUAUCUAUAUCAGAGAAAAUAUUAAAAAUUGUGGUGUAGCACUGACAAGUGGCAGUGACGGUACGCGAGAUUGGAUAAGAUUUGCGGACAGGCCUGUGUUUAACCGCCGUCACCGGACUUUGCUUCUGCAUUAUCUCGGUAUCGCGCAACAUGAACUUUUCGUCGUUCGUGCUGUUGCUACUGCCGCUCAAUUUGUGCAACUGCACCGUGCCAUCCAUCAUGCCUGACGCCAAAAAAUCAUGCGCCUCCGUGUAACAUAAGCAAAGAAUAUCUUGAUUGCAUUCUCUGAAAAAAAAUCAUAUUUUUUUUUUUUUAACAAAUCAGAGAAAUCAAUUUAAGAGAAAUUAAGAGAAAUAAAAAAGUUUUUCCAA